AUGGGCCUCAUCCUGCUCAUCGCCAUUCCCAUCCUGCUGCAGGCGCCCUCCGCCACCCGCGCUCACUACGAGAUGAUGGGCACCUGCCGCAUGAUCUGCGACCCCUACAGCGCUAGCAGCGUGGCCGCCGGACCCUCCGGCCGUCCUGGGAGCACCGCCGCUCUGGAGGCCCUGCAGGAGCUGAGCGCCCACCCGCCGUCUCCCCUGCCGCCCUUCUUCCAGGGACCCAAGGGCGAUCCUGGACGCCCGGGCAAACCGGGGCCAAGGGGGCCUCCUGGGGAACCGGGCCCUCCGGGUCCGAGGGGUCCCCCUGGAGAGAGGGGGGAUUCUGGGAAGCCUGGACUUCCGGGCCUAUCGAUGUCCCGAAUCGGACCGCCCGGAGCAGCGACUACAGUCGGAGUAGCCGGGUCAGGCGUGAGUGGCAGUAGCAGCCCGCCACCGGGAGGCGAGAUAACCGGCGCCCUGAGCGCUGUCUUCAGCGGCCCCAGGAUCGCCUUCUACGUGGGCCUAAAGAGCCCCCAUGAGGGCUACGAAGUGCUCAAAUUCGACGACGUGGUGACCAACCUGGGGAACCACUACGAGCCCAGCACGGGGAAGUUCACCUGCCAGGUGCGCGGCAUCUACUUCUUCACCUACCACAUCCUCAUGCGCGGCGGGGACGGCACCAGCAUGUGGGCAGACCUCUGCAAGAACGGCCAGGUGCGUGCCAGUGCCAUUGCUCAGGAUGCGGACCAGAAUUAUGACUACGCCAGCAACAGUGUAGUGCUCCACCUGGACUCGGGAGACGAAGUCUACGUCAAACUGGACGGAGGCAAAGCCCACGGAGGCAACAACAAUAAAUACAGCACUUUCUCUGGCUUUCUUUUGUAUCCUGAUUGAC